CAUUGCAGUGCGUAAUUACGUCAUCACUGCGCGCUCUGUGGUUGUUUUGGAAGAUUUGACGAGACUCGUGAAGACCCCGUUUCCACCGCUUCAAUGUUUAUGCCAAGAGCACUGAAAGUAAAGAGACCUGUCCAGGAACCAGGGCACGGCUUAAAUAAGAAAAGCAAGACUGAUCAAGAGGAUUGUGACCAAAUAAACUUGCAGGCAUCCACGCAGAAAGAUGAAGCAUGGGAAGACUUAAAAACACAGACUGACAAAGGGGAACAUUUGACGGAGACCGCAAAAUGKGAAUCUGCAGCUCAGUCCUCCUCAGAUGACGCAGAAGAAGAGGAACCAGUGAAAUCUUUCAAAAAGAGCCAGAGAUGGCCUGAGCCAGGAGAGCCUGUCUGUGUGAUGUGCGGACGUUAUGGGGAGUACAUAUGUGAUGCUACUGAUAAUGAUGUUUGCAGCCUUGAAUGCAAAGCCAAUCAUUUACUGCAAAUGGGAAUUAGGACUGGAGWUGAUGCCUUUAAUUUCAAGGAUAAAAACACAGAUGGAAUGACUUCUCAGCCUCACCAUCCAGCCAUAAAUCUGGGUACAAGUGAAGCAGGCUAUUCCUACAGGGAAGAUCCGUUCAUCUCCGGCCUCACAGAUGAACAGGUGGAACGMAUUAGAUUGGAGCUUGGCAUUAAAACCGAGGGAAAAGAUGUCCGAAGACCUAUUGUUGAGUUUGAACACUGUGGUUUUCCAUCCCUGUUAAGUGGCAACCUGAAAAAAGCUGGUUAUGAGGCUCCAACGCCGGUCCAGAUGCAGAUGGUGCCUGUUGGCCUCACAGGGAGGGAUGUGAUAGCCAGCGCUGACACAGGAUCAGGGAAGACCAUAGCUUUCCUGCUGCCUGUGGUUGUGAGAGCCCUAGAGGAAGCAGCUCAUGGCGUAUGCAGCCCAUUGGGUCUGAUCCUGACCCCCACCAGAGAGCUGGCCAUACAGAUAGAGAGACAGGCCAAGGAGCUGGUGAUGGGCAUCCCUAACAUGAGAACAGCCCUGCUUGUGGGAGGCAUGCCUCUUCCCCCGCAGCUGCACCGCCUCAAGAGCAGCAUCAAAAUUGUUAUUGCUACGCCUGGGAGGCUCAUUGAAAUCCUGAAGCAAAAAGCACUUAAACUUGACAAAGUAAAGAUUUUGGUGGUUGAUGAGGUUGACACCAUGUUGAAGAUGGGCUUCCAGCAACAAGUUCUGGAGGUUCUGGAGCAUGUUACAGAGGAACACCAGACUCUACUGGCUUCGGCCACUAUCCCAGCAGGGACGGAGGACUUGGCUGCUCGCUUGGUCCAUGACCCUGUACGCAUUGUCAUCGGUGAGAAGAACCAACCAUGUGCUAACGUCAGGCAGAUCCUACUUUGGGUGGAGGAACCCUCUAAGAAGAAGAAGCUGUUUGAAAUUCUUAAUGAUAACAAACUGUUCCAGCCUCCAGUCGUGGUGUUUGUCGACUGUAAACUGGGUGCCGAUCUCCUGUGUGAGGCAGUUGCCAAGGUGACGGGCCUAACUACUGUAGCAAUUCACUCUGACAAAAACCAGAGGGAGCGCAACCGCAUCCUUAAGGGUCUUCUGGAUGGAGACUUUGAAGURGUAAUCAGUACAGGUGUGCUGGGCAGAGGACUAGACCUUGUCAACGUGAGAUUAGUGGUUAACUUUGACAUGCCAAACACAAUGGAUGAGUAUGUGCAUCAGGUGGGGAGGGCGGGAAGGCUGGGCCACAGGGGAACAGCRAUCACCUUCCUGAACAACAACAACAAACGGCUGUUCCUGGAGGUGGUGAACAGGGUCAAACCCACUGGGUCCAUCCUGCCCCCUCAGCUCCUAAACUCACCAUACCUCUUUGAACAACAGAAGAGGGAAAGUCAGAAGAACAAGAUGCAACAUGACGACAUACUGGUUACUAAAAACAACCUCUUGGACAUCAUAAAGAAACAUGACCGUCGCAAGAAGUAACUGAUUGGUCAAACCUGUACUAGGGUUUUCUGUUUAUUAUAAAGAUAUUAAAUGUUAAGUUUGUGUUUUGUUUAAUUACAAAUAAACAUGUAUUUUCUAGUUUGACUAUCCCUUUUUGUAAACAUUGUAAGAAUGCAGCUACAGCUACUAAAGUUAUGAAUUGAAAAUGUUCUCAUUUUCUUUGGAUUUCAUGCAAUUAGUUUCCACUUGAUAAAAAAAUUUAUUUUUAUAAUUGUGUGUUUAUGUUUGAAAUUCUUUCAUAAGAUUAUGGGCUGUUUGACCCCCAAAAUACUCAGGUGGCACUAUGCCUCUGGUUAGUGGCCAACACAGUGAAGCUGUGUUGAGCAAAUUAUUAUUAUCUAUCUUUUUGUAAAAUCUUUUCAACAAAUAAAGUUUGAUUAAUUUGUUUCUUUU